CAGGCAAAUAAGACCACACGGAAAGGGCGAGAGGAGAAGGAUGAGACCCGUGAAGAAUCGCUUCGAUGAUUUUACCCAUCAAAUAUAAAAGAAGACUAAAUGCGACCACUAUUCUACGCCUCAAAGGGUAUCUGCAAACAUGAAUUGGGGGUUUCUGGAGAACGUUUUGAGUGGGGUUAACAAGUACUCCACGGUGAUUGGUCGCAUAUGGCUCUCCAUAGUCUUCAUCUUUCGCAUCCUGGUGUACGUCGCAGCCGCAGAGCAGGUGUGGAAGGACGAGUCCAAGGACUUUGUGUGCAACACCCAGCAGCCAGGCUGUGAGAACGUGUGCUUUGACCACUUCUUCCCCAUCUCCCAAGUGCGUUUGUGGGCCCUGCAGCUUAUCGUUGUGUCCACACCCUCCCUACUGGUGGCACUACACGUGGCCUACCGUGAGCACAGGGAGAAACGGCAUGGGAAGAAGCUCUACGCGGACAAGGGCCAGAUAGACGGUGGACUGCUCUGCACCUACCUGCUCAGCCUCGCCUUCAAGACCACUUUCGAGGUGGGGUCCCUGCUGGCCUUCUAUUUCCUCUACAGCGGCUUUGACGUCCCCCGGCUCCUGCAGUGCUCCCUGAGCCCCUGCCCCAACACAGUGGACUGCUACAUCUCCAAAGCCACGGAGAAGAAGGUCUUCCUCUAUAUCAUGGGGUGCACCUCCGUCCUGUGCAUCGUGCUGAACGUCUGCGAGACGGCCUACAUCGUGUCCAAGCAGUGCUGGAAGUGCUUCAGCAAGCGUUACGUCCCCAUCGAGGAGAGGGCCCACUGUCGUUGUCACUCCCCACCAGUCAGUGCUGCUAUAGCAGUGCCACCAGACCUCGCACCACUGGGCAAAGACAUGGAAAACCUUCCACAAGCUACAAAGGAAAAUCCAACAACUGUCUCUUAACACAACUUAACUAGAGUCCUCUACUCUUUAGUGCCUGUAAUUUAUAUUUAUUUCCAGA